AUGGACGAGCUCAACUCGAUCUCCGGCGCCGAAGCAGCAGGGAUCGCGCCGAUCGAAGUUCGCCGUCGACAAGUCGACCCAUCUCUUUUCCAGAAUCUGAUCGCCCCCUUCUCUCAACGAGGCGAUCCUCUUCGGGUCUGCGAUGUGCAACCGAUUCCCGCCACUAUUGCGAGUUUUCUUUUUCGUUCCCUUCCCCCUGGAAUCUGCAAUUGUGCUGCUGGCUCGUGUCCUCCGAACGGGCAGCCGCCGCUGGGUGGCCCCUACUACUGUACAGGAUAUCAUCUUUUGGACCGUGUGUUUCGGCCACCUACGUACUCCCAGAAGACUUGGGUGCAGUCGUAA